AUGAAACGCCAAUCGUUUAAUACCGCUUUAGUGUUGUUCGUCUUCAUGACUACUUUGUCACCGUUAUUGAAGCUGACACUUGCGCUGCAUAUGAAAUUUGCAAACAUCAAGUGUACACCUUUAAAUAAAAGCUGUGUAGAAUUCCCCGAGUGUCGCAUGCGUGCAGUGAAACGUGAUGUGAACGAAAUCACAGUGUGGGCAAAACUACUCCAGCUGCCAAUAGUGCAAUCAACGGUUCAACUGAAAUUUAUGAAAAAGUCCAAUGGCUAUCGCCCUUAUAUGACCGAGCUGAAUUUUGAUGGUUGCCAAUUUCUUGAAACUCAAAGUAAUCCUUUGGUGAAGUAUUUAUAUAGUUUCAUGCUGCCCUACACGAAUGUCAAUCACUCAUGCCCGUUAAAUGUUCGACUGAAAUUUAUGAAAAAGUCCAAUGGCUAUCGCCCUUAUAUGGCCGAGCUGAAUUAUGAUGGUUGCAAAUUUUUGUCAACUCAAAGUAAUCCUUUGGUGAAUUAUUUGUAUAGCUUCAUACGUCCUUACACGAAUGUCAAUCACUCAUGUCCCAUAGAUCAUGACAUCAUUGUGAAAAAUUAUCGCAUCAAUCAAGGACUUUUAAAUCGCGUAACAAUUUUACCAAGCGGAGACUACGCUUUUUUAGUUACAUGGAUUUUGAAUAACGUUAAGUGUGCACGCACGGAAAUGUAUUAUACAUAUAAGGAAUAA